UUGUCAAGAAGACUUUGCCCUAAAGAUUGCAAGCAUUGUACUAAGCAAGAGGGUAAAGAAGUGGUAUCUGCGAGGAUAUUCAAAACAGACCAGCUCAGCAAUGAAUGGAAGGACAGCCUACAACAUGCACAGCAGGAAGAUUCGGACAUUAAACCGAUUCUAGAAUGGAUGAAGGCCAGUGCUCCUAAACCCAAGUGGAGCGACGUCUCAGCAAUGAGUUCGACCACGAAAAGCUAUUGGGCCCAAUGGGACAGCUUGCUGAUUCAAGAUGGAGUCCUGUGCCGUAAAUGGGAAGAUGGUCGGGGAGACAGGUGUCAUUUGCAAAUGGUUGUCCCUAAGGCUAAAGUGCCGGAUGUUCUACAGCUGUAUCAUAGUGGUUGUUCAGGAGGCCACCUGGGAGUUAAACGAACUCUCCUGAAGAUCCGAGAAUGGUUUUACUGGGUCCACUGUCGUAACGAUGUCGAGGACUGGUGCCGCAAAUGUACAAGUUGUGCGGUUGUAAAGGGACCUCAAACUCGUAGUAGAAGGGCAUUGGAAUUGUACAAUGUUGGUGCACUAUGGAAGAGAAUAGCCAUUGACUGGCCAGAAGUCUUCGCCAUUCCAAAUCAAGAAGCUUCAACAGUUGCAGAUAAACUAGUUCAUGAAGCCUUCUGUCAUUUCGGAGUUAGUCUUCUACCUUUAGAGAUUCACAGCGAUCAAGGAAGGAAUUUUGAGUCUCAAAUAUUCCAGGAAACUUGCCGAGUUAUGGGUACUCAGAAAACACGAACAACUUCUUACCACCCACAACCUGAUGGAAUGGUAGAAAGAUUUAAUCAGACAUUGGAGAGGUACCUAGCAAAAGUUGUGGAAAAAAGGCAACGAGACUGGGACAGGCACAUACAACCGUUUUUGUUGUCAUAUCGAAGCGCUGUUCACGAAAGUACAUCAGUGACGCCAGCUUUCGCAAACUUUGGGAGAGAAUUACGGCUGCCUGCAGACCUGAUCACCGGAAUACCACCUGAUGCCCCACGCAGUAUAACCAAUUAUGCAAAUGAUUUGCGGAACAAAAUGAAUGACAUUUAUGAGCACGUCAGACAGUUGGGCCAGCAAACGUCUGAGAAGAUGAAAACACGGUAUGACCGCAAAAUGAACAACAAAGGGUUUGACGAAGAUUCACUAGUGUGGUUACACAAUCCAGCUCGCAGCAAAGGGAAAUCUCCUAAGCUUCAAGCUAAAUGGGACGGACCGUACCGGAUUGUGACAAGGAUCAAUGACGUAACCUACCGGAUACAGAAAGGUGCCAGAGGUACUCCUAAGAUCGUCCUGAGAAAAGAUGUGGAUCGACUGGCGCGUUAUUAUGGGACCAAUAAUGCUCGGGACGAGCAUGUCUUAGGAGGGGCAGUGUUGCGCGCCACUAUUAAUGUCUUGUACAUGGCAACACUAGUUACACUAGUGCCCUCUAGUGUCGAGUAG